UUUUAUUGCGAAAUUAAAGAUAUAAAUAUUAAAAAAUGUCGACGAAAAAUAUGUAUCAUACUUCAUACUAAUAUAUUAUGAGAUGGAGGGUAUACAUUAUUCACGAAUAAGAUAAGUGUGCAACAUACGAGUAUAAAAAUAAAGAAAAAAACCUGGGAGUAGCAUGUAAAAGGAAUUGCAUAUGACUAGUUCCCCCCAUAGUCCCAUACAAUAUUACCAUUCUUCUUUAGGAAAAAAAAGGAAGUCCCAAAAUUUAAAAUUAAUCCUCUCCCUAUAUUAAUGUUUAUGCCAAAAUGAGUACUCCAAACUUCCAAGGGUCUCAGGAAGAUUAUAAGAACGUUGGGUUUGAUCUCCACUCUCCACAUGACAGGUGGCAGCAUCUUAACUCACUGACUCACACUCUCUCUCACUCCUACAGACAACCACACUCACUAACGCUUAUAUUAGCGCUUCACACAAUAAUAAUGGGUUCAUUCAAGAAUACCUUCCACAUUAUUAUGUAAAAUUCAAAGUACUAAAAAUGGUGAUGACAAGAGGAAAUAAGCGAAAAUUUGAACAGCAAGAAGCAGCAACAGCAGCAGCUGCUAAUGAUCAACAACCCACUUUAUGCAUCACUCUUCCUGGUUUCUCUUCAAACCCCUCUUCCUCGUACUCCCAGCACACUAGCCAUUCAAGGGUCGCUAAGAGGAUUGAAACGUGUGAGAAGCUUGCUGACUUCGUGUUAAAGGUGUCUGCUUCACAAAGUCCAGCCGUUACACCUUCUGAAUUGACUCCUUGUAGCACUCUGAAAUCACAAAGCAAAGCAGUGUCCUCAUGUCCAACAACCACCCCUGAACCCGAGGUUGAAAAUCCACCAUCACAGGAGCUCGCGAUGGUUAGGGCUUGCUCUCUGGCUACCUCAGGAAGAUAUCCAGUUCGACGUGUCAGACAUGUUCCUUGUAGGCGCAAUAAAUCAACAGCUGCAAUUGGCGCUAUCAAAAAAGAAAGUAGUGAUGAUGGGGUAGCUGAUACUUUCUGUGCAGGAACUCCACUGUCUCUGAGUCUGCAUGAUCCUGUAUUUCAAGCUCUUUCCACCCAACUUGGAGAAGGAUCAGAAUGUAUCCAAUCAUCGCCUCCUCUUUCUUCUGUCCCCAAAGCUGUCAAUGGUAAUCCUAUGUUCAAUGAGCACACACCAUUGCGGGAGGCUAUUAUGCCCCCUAUUGAGGAAGUACCUAACAGUCCAAGUGAAGCAGAUAGUAAUGCAAGGCAAGCAACAAGUCUUAAUCUUUCAGACAUGGCUGCAAUGGAUGAUGAUUGUUCCAGCUUUGAUUCUGUUUUAAGUGAUCCUCUAGUGACAGUUGGUAAUUAUAGGGUGAAGGAAAAUCUGGCGCCCAUUCUCAGAGAUGUACUAUCUAAGUAUGGCGAUAUUGCUGCACAAUGUGUCAAGAAGUCUGUUUUGCACCGCUCUUGGUUGGUUGAGAGUGUAUGCGACAUAGUUGAGAAACUACGAACUGUAGAGUUUGUGCAUCUCACAGCAGUUGAAGUUGACAGUUUUCGGGUCUUUGUUCAAGACAUAGAAUCGGAUAAUGUGGAGGUUGGGUGGCUUCAUCAGCGGCUUGAUGAAAUUUAUGAGGCCAAAAGGCUUCUUAAAGAAUCCUCUAAAGUUAAGCAAGCUAAGAGCCAGAAUCAUCAUCUAACUAAGAGGAAGGAGGAAGAGAUCAAAGCCUAUAAGAGAGAAAUCAAAGAGUAUGAAGAAGAAAUAUGCAAACGUCAAGAGAAGAUUGCUUCUGCAAAUGAAGAGCUGGAAGUGAGGAUGGCAGAGGGAAAGGAUUUGAAUGAGAUACUCUCGUACACUAAGGCACAAGUGAAAAGGUUUCACUGUGGGUCAAUGAUUAGUGGCUUAAUUUAACAUAGCAUUCUACCUCUGAAACAAGUUCACAUUGCUACUCGAGACUUGUUAUAUGGUACAUCAGGUUAUUUUUACAUGUUUUCACCUUAAAACUCUAUCUUCUUAUUAGAAUGGUAUGUUUACAUCUGUAUGACUUCCUGUCUUUGUGUUAUUUUUCUGCUAAUUAAGUUUGGGAUGCCUGAGAUACAUCAUGCUUGUGUUUUAAUGAUUUUGAGGCCUUUCUGUGAAUUGUCUUUCAGGAAUGUUCAGACUAAGAAUUAGUGAUUUCAACUCUUGAUGCUUCAUAUUUGUUUUCUCUUAAUUCAUCUUUUGACUCCAGUGGUUUUUUUAAUCUACUAAGUAGGUUUAUAUCAUUGAUCUUUCUGAUAAACCAUUCUCAGAUUUUGUCCAUCAGGGGAAGAUAUAGAGAAUUGAAUGAUUUAGGUGUCCUAGUUCAAUGGUUGCCAACUUGCUGUUUUCUUGCCUUUUUUUUUUUCCUCCAAAGGGAG